CUCCAGUCCUCGACGAGACUACGACUGUAAUGGCUGACUGAAGAACCUUGAAGACGAGAAAUGUUUCCUUGAUUUCAAURGGAAUGGAUCAUGACAACUAAAAGGCAAUCUUUACAUUCUCAGAGUCCAACUGAAACCUGGACAGAUGAUCUACCUGUGUGUAAGACAUCUGGUGUGGGUUUCCUCACCAACCAAAGAUACAGGGAAGAUGGAGGCCGCAGAGAAGAGCAUGAAUUUGAGGACAGGAGCUUUCAUUUUAAUGUAGACAGUACAUACUUAUAUGGAGUAUUUGAUGGGCAUGAUGGGGCAAUUGCUGCAGAUUUUACAGUACAGCGUGUUCCUGCUGAAUUAUUGUUAGGGCAGUUGGCAGAUGACAUGACAGAUGAGGAGAUACAUGUUCUUCUUCGUCAAGCAUUUAUUUCUGUGGAGAAAGGUUUUUUUCAAACUAUCGAUGAUAUAUUGGCUGAAAGGACAGAGUUGCAGUUACAGAUUCCUGAUGGUCUCAGCUCUUACGAAGCAUACCAUMAGUACCCAGAACAAGUAGCUCGYAUUCAAGAGCUAAAUGAUAAAAUCAGUGGUGGAACAACAGCUGUAGUAGCUUUAAUCUUUAAUAACAAAUUGUAYGUAGCUAAUGCUGGUGAUUCAAGAGCUCUGCUAUGUAGACAGGUCGAUGGGACAUCACUAGAAGUUGAGCAGUUGAGUGUUGACCAYGACACCCAAAAUGAGAAUGAGCUAUUGCGACUAGCCAGACUUGGCUUGGACAUUGUCCAAAUACAAAGAAGUAAGAGAAUAGGAAGCCAGGAAAACACACGAAGUAUUGGAGAUUAUUGUGUGAAAGGAGGCUACAAAGACUUUGACAUCUUGAGUAAGGCAGCAGAGGAGCCAGUCAUUGCAGACCCAUACAUUUGUGGUGGUAUUCCUGUUGACAAGACAUUUUAUGCUCUUAUUCUCAUGUCUGAUGGUGUAUAUAAGUGUCUAGAGGAAGCUACAGGAACAACAACUGCUAACUCUGACAUUGUGACAAUGGUUGCUACAGAGUUACAGUGUCAGGCAACUCUGAAUGGAGUAGCACAGGCUGUUGUUGAUAAAGCAGGUCGAAUCCAUCAUGAUGCCUUCAUGCAGCAACCAACUACAUGUCACAAGAGAGAUGAUAUGACAUUAUUGAUAAGGGUUUUUGAUGAAGAACUAACUACUUGCCUGAGUAGCCCAAGAGGUGUUAACAGACAAAAUAGUUCAGUGUUUCAACCAACAAGUCCUGGAGUCUUACCUGUGUCUGUUCCAUUCAAUCCUUCAAAGACAAACUCUGGUGCAGCUCCAACUCUUAAAAUUCCUCUCCCAAAACGAACAUUCUCRCAACAAAGCAGUCAAGAGACUUCAUCUCCUAGCUCUACCACAUCAACACCUACAAACCCAACUACUGUCAAUCCAACAACAGUUCAUUCUAGUUCAGAACCAUCUUCGCCAARUACRUCUCCUUCUUCAGCUAAUCCUCUUGAUAACACUGUCCUUGGGACAACUCAAGAGGCUCAAAGUAUUGAAGGUGAUAGUCAACAUCUCUCACUUGGAGAUGGCGAGAGGGUUGAACCGUAUGUUGACUUUACAGAGUUUUUUAAGGUUGUUCAAGAACAUGGAGAGGAAGUGGUCUAUGGAUGUAAAUAUACAACUUAGUUUUCAUCUUAGUUAUUAAUGCUACGGUGCAACCUGUCGCAUUAGGUUGCAACAGUUAAAUAUGAAAUAUUUGUCAAAAUAAUGGUUUUAAUAAACAUGUAAAUUUACUUCAAGGAAAGUA